AUGUCGAAAGUCCUCGUGGUGGGCUGUGGCAUCAUCGGCCCGACCAUAGCCAUUAUGCUAAGGCAAAGAGGUUACGAAGUCACUAUUGUGGAAAGAAUUCAGCGACCGGAAAGUGCAGCAGGUGUUUCACUUGCUCUGCAGCCGAAUGGGCAAGCAUCUUCCUCUCCGGUUCUAGAUACCAUCGGGCUGGCCAACAUUGGAGAACCCGUACUCAACAUUCGGGACUACAAUGCCGAUGGAGAGUACCUGGGAGGUCUUGAUAUCUCCUAUGCGAAAGAGCAGUAUGGCUUUUGGCCCGCUUUCGUACGGAGAGGUGUGUUGCUACAAACACUGAAGGCGGAGGCGGUGCGGCUGGGUGUGCAGAUUCAUGAAGACUGGGAGUUGCACGACAUAGACGACCUGGAAAACGGCGUCGUUGCGACGACGAAAGACGGUCGAACGAUUUCCGCAUCCUUCGUGGUGGCCUGCGAUGGUCUUCACUCGACCACCCGAAAGAUCAUCAAUCAGAAACACGGCAUCUCUGAGCCUCCCGCGAAUGCGACCGGACAAUUAUCGCUGAGUGGUAUUGCUCCGACUCCGAAGAGCUUAGCACCACAAACAGUCUCUGCUUGGAUGGGAGAGUCCAGAUUGGUCGUGGCCUUUGAAGUUUCCCGCACACACUCGGGCUGGACGAUGAUUCUGAGCACCGGCUCCGAGAAGGACACCUGGCGCCAGGUGGACAAGCUAGAAGAGACCCGGGCGGAACUUCUGGACGCGGUCGACGGCUGGCCCGACGCGGUCAGAGACCUCCUCGAGUCGACCGAGUUCAUUCUCCGGUUCGGGCAUUUCGAUCGUCCCACACGCGCCCCGGAGCAUUGGUACCAUGAGAGAUGCGUUCUUCUGGGCGACGCAGCACAUCCAUCAAGCCCGCAUCGUGGACAAGGAGCUAACCAGGGACUGGAGGAUUGCUGGGUGCUCAAUCAAGUACUCCCGGGUGCCAACAAGGAGCUGAGCACCGUGGAAUUGGCCACGGCCUUUGCGUCGUAUGCUAAAAAGCGACAGGCGAGGACGGCAGUCACUGUUCAGACGGCGAGAAGCCAAGGGACGGAGCGUGUCGCCGCGGGAAGGGAGGCCGGCCUGGUUAGGGACAAGAUGAUCCGGGAACAGUGGGCUGAUCAAGAAGCGGCACGAGCAGCGUACCAUGACUUGUGGAAAGAGCCAUAUUGA